UUAGUGGUUGCCGCGAGUGUCCGGUCAAAAAAGUUUCGUUUUUUCCAUAAAUAGUUCUUGUGACGUGCUAAAUAACGUGUACGUAGUGACCGAAUCAAAGUUACAUUCGUACGUUAAUAAAAUUCGUACGAUUCGUUCACGUGAAAGUUAUUAUUCGUCGUUUAUCGAUUGCAUUCCGAAAUGAUCUCCGAAGUAGCUAGGGUGAACAAUCAUCUCAAGGCGCAUGCGCGGCACCAUGUUCACUGAGUCAGGCACAUGCUGUUUACGAACGACGACUGCGAACAUUUACAAGAGAUUUUCACCGAUCAACGACGCUGGUUCGGCACCGAACGGUGUGCUUCCUGAUGUUCGCCGUAAUUGUUCGACGGUGGAUGGGGUCGUCACGGCCAUAAAGCCGAUCAGCUGGAAGGAGAUUCGAAGCCGAUUGAGGAUGUCCUCAAAGAGGAAGUCACCACCAACGAAGCUAUCGGAGGGCGGGGGCGGCACGGGUACAGUGGCAGGCGCAAACGAGGAGGAGGAGGACACGACCUCGUCGGUGACCGGCGGUCCCGGUGGCGAGGUAGCCGUGGGUGAAGAGGGUCCCACCACCCCCGUCGACAUCGAGGACUGUUACCCUCACCAGAGGGGAGGUGACUGCGAGUCGUCCGGCUGCUCGUCGCCGGCGACAACCAGCGAGCCCGAUCUCAGGGACUCGCCCUCGCCAUCGUCGAAUUCCUUGCGGACAAGCAAGCGGCAGAGGAUCGUGUUGACCGGGCAGGAGGCCCUGGCCUACCACCACUAUCCCCCCCACCACCACCACCACCACCACCACCAUCACCACCACCAUCACCACACGAACACAUCCUCGUCGUCGGGCGGCGUCGUGGAACCGGCCAGCUCCUCCGAGUGCGGCUCGCCCCCCACACCCUUAACCGUCGACCCCUACUACCCGACCCACCCCCAUCACAACAACAACAACAACACCGUGACGCAGAAUAAUAACAACAAUAACAACAACGGGGGGAACGCUACCACCGCGACAACCAAGAGAUCCAUGGACGACGUGCUGAAGAGGUUAACCUUCAAGAUGAACAGCGAGUCGCUGUCGCUCCAGGACGACACGAGUAACAACAGGCGGAACAGCCCCCCGCCCACCUCCACGCCGACCGGGCACAACGCGCAUUGUGGAGGCGUCGCCAGCGUGGCGAACAGCGUGCCACCCUCGCCCCCGGCAUCUGGCAGGAUGCAGAACACGGAUGGACAAGUGCAGCAGGAUGGCGCGUCGGCCUUGCACAGGGUCUUCUGCGCGGAGAGCUUCGCGGAGAAGGAGCGGAGGCUGUCCGAGAUGAUCCUGCAGCUGCAGCUGCUCAGGGAACAAUUGCUGCAACAGCAAGAUCAGUCGAAGUCGUAUCCUGCGCACAUGACCGUCGACUCGCAGAAGCAAAUCGAGAUGCAGCGGCUGCAAACGGAGCACUUGAAGCGGCAGCAAGAGCACAUCAUGCAGCACAACAUCCAGGAGCUACAGGCUCAGAUGACAAAGAACCAGCUGAGCAUGUCGGGGCCGCAAUCCUUGAUGUUCCUACCGUUUCUCGAACAGCUCAGAGGGUUGCCGGUGCAAUCGCCUAUGCCGCCACCGCCGGUUACGUCGACGUCAACAACCACCAACAAACAUAUCAAUUCGAUCGCUAACAUGAUCAGCAGCCACAGGGAAGGGCCAAGCUGGGCGACGGCGCAUCUCGCGCAGAUGACCACGCAGAUGGAGAAGGAAGCGUCGCCGACGCCGAUCUCUUCCGCCGUGGCGCCGACCGCAGCCCCUUUGCAGGAUCUCGACGCGCCCCUCAACCUCACCAAGCCCAAGUCCUCGUCGUCGGGGGCCACGGCGUCCUCCUCGUCGCCCGGAAGCGACUCCCACUCGACCGGGGCCGGAAGCAGCGGCCAGCAGGAGCAGCCGCUCGCGGCCACCGCGCCCAAGCUCUUCCCGCCAGGCCUACCGAUGCCUCGAAAUUAUCUCACCACCCUUCCUUACGCGGGUCUUCCGCCUCACCUCAGCUCCAUCUCCUCCCCGAUGGGCAAGGUAAUGGCCAAAGAGGAGGCGGCUGGACCUGGAGGUGCCGUGGCAGCAGCCGCGGUCGCCGCCAUGGAGAAGCACAUUGCAAUGCACAGCAUUUACGCGAUACCACCGAGUGCUGGUGCGAUGCCUCCAUCGCCGCAGACUCAACGACCCGGCGGUCUCAAGCACUCCAGUUCUCGGGAAGAGGCUGCACAGGAGGAACAGGACUAUCUGUCGACACCUCACAUGUGGCGGGAGCCGGGUUACAAGGUACCGGAAGACAUAACGGAAAAAGCUAAAAUGGUGAGACAGCAGAAGAGGGAGGGUGAGAACAAGCCACAUAUCAAGCGGCCUAUGAACGCGUUCAUGGUGUGGGCCAAGGACGAGCGUAGGAAAAUUUUGAAAGCCUGCCCGGACAUGCACAAUUCGAACAUAUCCAAGAUACUCGGAGCUCGAUGGAAAGCGAUGUCGAAUUCCGAGAAACAGCCAUACUACGAGGAGCAAUCGCGAUUGUCGAAGCUGCACAUGGAGAAACACCCCGACUACAGGUACAGGCCGCGGCCCAAGCGCACCUGCAUAGUGGACGGGAAGAAGAUGCGCAUAUCCGAGUACAAGUCGCUGAUGCGGCAACGGCGGCAGGAAAUGAGGCAGCUGUGGUGCCGUGACAGCGGGCCAGAGAUGAGCUUCUUGUCCCCGGUCGGCUCGGACCUGGCCACGCAACACCAUCCGGGCACGGGGGCCGGGCCAUCGGCGAGGCCCAGCGUGUCGCCACCUGCGACCAUGUUGAACGGCGGCGCGGCCGGGCCCAGCUCCGACCAUCCAUCCUUCUAUUACCCGCAGGACAGCCUGUCGCCCACGGAUAUGAUGAACUUCUCGCCGGAAAACUCGGGAUCGAUCGGUGGCUACGACGCGAGUCCCCGGCACCACGACGAGGAUUGAACCGCGGCUCCGGGUCAGCCGCCAUGGCCGCCCGGAGCGUCAUCGUCGUCGUCAACAGCAGCAGCAGCAGCAGCAGCGUCCACCAGACUCGGCCACGAGUUGUUCUGGUAAAGCAGAAGGAAAAAGAAAAACGAAAGAAACUUGCGUGAAAUACAGAUACGAUGAUAUAUGAAAUGAUAGUAGGCCGGAUGUAUCGAGACGGAUAGGAAAGCGAACAAUCGGAGGGACGAACGUUCUCGAAAAGGUGACUGAGCGUUUCGAAGCCUCGCCCUUGGAGGUUGUGAUAUAAUAAUAAAAAAAAAAAAAA